AUGACUAGAACUAAAGCUGGUCAAAACAAUGAUCUAAUACAAGUGAAUUCUUUUAUUUGUGAGCUUGUUAAAGAAGAAGUAUAUUUUGAUCUCAGAACUGAACUCCAACCCUUAACGUCGAUCCAUCGCAGGCCGUUUAGCGACGAAGAGUUACGAAGCAACGCACCGCAAGUCGUGACUUGCAAUGAGUACAAUAGAGAAGUCGCCGUGUCGCAGAGCAUCGCCGGCAAGCACAUCGACAGGGUUUUCACCUUCGAUAAGGUUUUUGGUCCUUCUGCGCGGCAAAAGGAUCUUUACGAACAAGCUGUUACUCCAAUAGUUAAUGAAGUUCUCGAGGGUUUUAAUUGUACUAUAUUUGCGUAUGGUCAAACUGGCACGGGAAAAACCUACACAAUGGAAGGGGAAUGCAAAAAGGCCAAGAGUGGUCCCAGAGGAGAGUUGCCUCCAGAAGCUGGAGUGAUUCCUAGGGCUGUCAAGCAAAUUUUUGACACACUUGAGAGCCAGAAUGCGGAGUACAGUGUGAAGGUCACUUUUUUGGAACUGUAUAACGAAGAGAUUACUGAUUUGCUUGCCCCAGAGGAGCUUUCUAAAGUUUCUUUGGAGGAGAAGCAGAAAAAGCAGGUGGUGCGCUCUUCUUGGUAG